UCAAAAAAAAAAUUGAAAAUCCCAACUUCUGCUUCAUCUUUUUGGCUUUAGUUCUUGCUUUAUUAGGCCAAAAAAUCCAACAAGGUUUUCUAUUGUACAUUCUAAUUGGAUUGCCAAGGAUUUCACAACGAUUUUGAGUGAUUGCAAUUACGCAUUGCAUAAUUGGUGCUCUUGUGCAGAGCAAACCAAAGAAAUGUUGUCUUUGCAACAGUUACCUUGUAUUCAUCAGACAUUGUUGCUAAAUGCAUCUACUCAGCUAGGGGUGUAUGCCAAUGGCCGGUUCCAAAGAGGCGUGCCUUUUCUUGUUAGAGCAGAGCAAAUAUCGGCACCUUCAACCUCUCUCCAAGAUAAGUUCGGGAGGCGGCAACUGCUUGCGACUGGAGUAACAGUUGCUCCAUGGUUCUUAUUGUCAUACCAAAAAUCAACGGCAUUUGCUGCAGAAAAUGCGAAGGGGUUUUUACCAGUCACAGACAAGACAGAUGGAUAUUCGUUUAUCUAUCCCUUUGGAUGGCAGGAAAUUGUUAUCGAAGGCCAAGACAAGGUUUUCAAAGAUGUUAUCGAACCUUUAGAAAAUGUCAGUGUUAAUGUGUUCCCGACAAACAAAGAGAACAUUCGGGACCUUGGUUCCCCACAAGAGGUUGCAGAAGCCUUAAUUAAAAAGGUUCUUGCUCCCCCAUCACAGAAGACAAAGCUACUUAAUGCAACGGAGCAUGAUGUUGAUGGGAAAGCUUAUUACACGUUUGAAUUCGUUGCUCAAGCCCCAAACUUCACGCGCCACGCUCUCAGCACAAUCACUAUCGGCAACGGGAAGUUCUACACUUUGACAACGGGGGCAAACGAGAGACGAUGGGGCAAAAUGAAAGAUAAAUUAAGCACAGUCGUCGGUUCCUUCAAAAUCUUCAAUGUCUAAAGAUUCUCGACUUCGUAGCUAACACUGCAGGCUAUCAAAUUCCGAUAUAUAGUUGAGCAUUUUCGUCUUGAACGAUCAAAUUUUAAGCAGUUUUUCGCUGUAUUUUCGUUAAAUUCCAAGAAACCCCAUUUUUAUAGUACAUAUGAUAAUGUGAAGAAAAAAUUAUUAUCCA